AGAGAGAGAGAGAGAGAGCUGCUUCUUCUUCUUCCUCCUCCAUCGAACAAAAAAGUCUUCCGUACGUCUGCAACCCCUUUUCUCUCUCUCCUCCUCCUUCAUCUUUGCUGGACCAAUCUUUAAUCCACUCUGUGCAUCUUUAUAAAGGUUUUUAACGUGGAAAAAGCUUCAUGGGUGAUGAUGGUUCUCGAGGAAUAAAAGUUAUAUCAGAUCAUUUUGAAGGCUCAGCAUCCAUUGUGGACUCUCCUCAAGCGAGGACUCCCUCUACUUCACAUCCAAGGAUAAAUAACCCUUCAAGCUCCAAUAGCCAUUCGUGGGCUCGGAAAAAAUUUAGAAGUGCUGCAUCAAUGCUAAACUUGUUCAGUCUACGGGAGCUAAUGUGGGGGUCCGGCACCGAUGGUCAAGAAAAGGUUGUGUUAACAUCUGCCGAAGUACAAUCCCUUCGAUCAACGGUGGCUUAUUUGGAGGAAAGAGAAGCUCAUUUGAAAGCACAGUUGGAAAAUGUUGAUCAAAUUUUGAGAUCUGCUCAGCUUUCUGGCUAUCUAUUCAUCCGCAGUAGAUGGGCUACAUUACCUGGAGAACCUCCUCCUCUUGAUGACACGGAGGUUGAUGACUGGCUUCCACGCUUUCUCGUCCUUCAUGGAUCGUGCAUCUUCUUUUAUUUGUUCUCCACAGAUUUGAGUCCUCAGGACUCCACCCUACUCUCAGAUAUAACUGAAGUAGGUCCUCUUCCAUCCUUUACAAGAGAAGACGGAGAAUCUCGAUAUUGCUUUCACAUAUUGACUUGUCAUGGACUCAGAUACGAGUGCUCAAGUGCUUCCAAAGUACAGGUGGACUUGUGGCUGACGACAUUACAAGGUGACUGCAAGUUAGGGCAUGAAAGAAAAGCUAUCACGGAUUCAAGAAAGACGUGACACCGUUUAUGUAUUUGUUACAGUAAGUUGUGAAUAGGUCAGAUAUGUAUAGUGACGACUGACGCCUUAGAUUAACCGAUAUGUGGCUCCUCAAAAUUUGUUCAUUAUGAUCUGUACAUUAUUAGACAUCCUGGUGGAAUAAAAUGCUGUGCACUAUGUUCUUAUUUGAGUCUAA